CCGGACGUGCCUCGUAUAAGCUCUGAUGAUACGUGGGCAUGGUUAGAUGGAGGAGUUGUGCCUGUGCCUUCAGAAAAGGAAACCACAACGAGUAACGCGCAGCGUCUAGUAAAACUCUAUAACAAAUACGGAGCAAGUUUCGUCUGUUCUCACACCGAAACGAAGGACGCUGUCCACUUUGUACUGACCAAUAAGGAGCUGGAGGCUCUUUUUGACACGGUGCAACAACUGCUCAAGAAAGAAGUGCUCAUGCAGCUCGAUAAUCAUGCUACGGAUGUGUAUACGGUUAGUUACCUUCCAAGCCUUAAUUACCGUUUA